AUGUUCUGUGAUCGUUCAAAAGGCAAACCUUAUUGCGCGUCAAAGGUAAAACUCGGUGGAAAUUGUAAAGGAUUCCCUCCAGGGACGGAUGUUUGUUGGAAUGGAACUUGUGUUAAUGAUGUUUGCGUUUAUGUACCGACGACAACACCCUUACCCACAACAACACCUUUACCCACGACAACCCCCUUACCAACAACAACACCCUUACCCACAACAACACCUUUACCUACUUCCACAAUUAAAAUGCCAGUAGAAACGACCACUCUUGCUUUACCCACUACUGUCAACAUGGAGUCUACAAAAACGGCUGAAUCUGAGACAAAAAAAGAACCAGACUUCUCACCAAUAACAACACCAAAAGCCUUGGAACCUCCCAACUCUCCAAGACACUUUUCAAAAUCUCCAUCAUCAACAUCAAAUCCACUGCCAAUAACUGUCCCUGGGGAAAUGAAAAAAGAUCUUCCAAAUGUUGCUCCAAUUGACACUACACCCCUUCCAAGUACUGCCACAGCCUUCUCUAAAAUAACGGGUCCAAAUCCAAUCGAAAGAAAAUCGACUCCAACAACUAAAAAGGUGCAAAACACUACCCCUUGUAAUCCAUACAACUUGAGCCCGAGUGAAAAAAUAAAAGAAUAUUUACGACGCUUAUUUGGAGGAAAGCCAAAGAAUAAAUGCAAAAAUUAA